CUCUCUAAGAACAACACCCGCGUCCUCUCCCUUUCUCUUUCUAAAGCGCCUCCAUGGGCUUCCCAGUGGGAUACACAGAGGUCUUCGUCUUCCCCAACAUCUUCCUCCACACACUCUCUUUCCUCGGCUUCAUACGAAGCCUUAUUUUCUCGCUCUUCCAUUUUUUGGGUCUCUCCGAAUUUCUCGAAUCCGACGACAUCGUUUGGCCUGAGUCCGAGUCCCACCUACUGGAAAACCCAUCCACGUCGGCGCUCCUGAUCAAGGAAUUUCUCCCCGUCAUAAAUUUUCGCGACGUCGGUGGGGACCCUGGGAAGAGUUGCGCUGUCUACCUGUACGAGUUCGAGGUGGAUGACGAGAUCAGGUGUUUGACGAAUUACAAGCACAUUUUUCACCGGGCGUGUACGAGUUCAAUUGUUACCUGUUUCUGA